CCACUAGUCAGGCAGCACUGCUGUUUGGCCCCCAGCUGGUUUAUUAUAUUAUUUCCUCACGUUUAUUUUAUUUUUGAUUUUUUGUUUAGUUAUUAAUGAAACUAUGGAUCAGUUGUACCUAGAGAUCGAGAUCAGUACUCAGAAGCACAAGGAGGAGACUAGAACGACUAUUUACACUAGUGUUUCAUCGUUGCUAGCAUUAUUUGUAUACAAAUUUCUCAAUGAUCCUAAACAUGUUCGAGUUAAUUUUGUUGCUACAAAGAUCGAAGGUGGUAAAAUAGCUUUACGGAGUUCCCAGUUGAAAAGGGAACUGACGGAUCAGCACAUCACGUGCAGGGAAGCCGCGUCUUUGUCCUUGCCCGCCAUCCGGGAUUUAAAACUUCCGAUUUACGAAAAGGAUGGUAAUACCUUCAUAGCAGGAACUUGCGCUGUUUGCAGGGAGCUUAUUUCCAGACAACCGAAUGAAGAAUUAAAGAAACUUUUGGGCUUCAAGGGCAGCUGCCUUUUAGCUCCGUCAGAAGCUUCGAUUUGGACUAGGUUUUGCGAGGUGGAUGUAGUCGACGUUGUAAGUAAACUUCAUAAUGGCCACACUUUGGAUUCUGUACCACCAGAAGUAGUAAGGUUCGAGCAACAUAUGAAUGAGCCGGUGAGGAUGCAUAACAUCUAUAAGCAGGCCAGGGAUCAAGCGAAUCAAACGGAAAAUGGAAGCAAAGUGAAGAGAAGAGAACGAGUCCAGAUUAAGUGUACCACGCCUAAAGAGGAGCUGCUUAUAGAGCACAGAUUUGCCGAGGGCAUUAGUUUUACUAUUGCCGAUCUGAUUCUGUAUCCUCUUUUAAGGAUAAUCUUCCAGCAUUGCAGUCAAAUGCUACCUCAUUUUCCACUCACCAGUACUUGGUUCAGUGAGAUCGAUUCAUUUGAUGGAAGGUGCGCUCGGAUCCUGAAGGAACUUUAUAUACCUCAAGAAGUUUUAACCCCUCCGGGAGAUCUCGGAAUCCCCGACUGUGAAGCCACCAGUCUUUAUAAAGCCGAUCCGAAGCGAUACAAGCCCAGAAAUCGAAUCUACACCAGUCAACUAGAAGUUGAAGCGGCCCUUGAAAAGUUGUCAUCGCUGCAGCUGCAAUUCAACUCGGAUUCGGAACAUACCUACGGAGAGCAGAUCAUCGCCUGGGAACAGAUUGAGCCCACACAUGCCAAGAGUUCAGCAUUGCCCAAGGAGCGCCUUGAAAGGAAACGACAGCAGCUUGAGAACAUGGCUAAUGCGGUUGUUUCCUUGGCUCAACCAGGCGAUCGCAUUGUGGAUUUCUGCAGCGGAACUGGACACUUGGCCAUACUUCUCGCCCUCAAACUGCCAAAGUGCACUAUUAUAGUAAUGGAAAACAAAGCCUUCUCUUUGCUCCAGGCUCAAAAGAGAACAAUCGAAUUGGGCUUGACCAACUGUGUCUUCUACCAAUGCAAUAUAGAUUACUUCAUAGGAGGUUUCGAGAUCGGGGCCUCUUUACAUGCCUGCGGAACUGCCACGGAUAUCGUUUUGCAGCAAUGUCGGAGGGCCAAAGCACAUUUUGUUUGCUGUCCGUGCUGCUACGGAUCCCUGCAACCUAUGCCUCACAUUUCAUAUCCAUUAAGCGAAUCUUUCCAAAGUGUGUUGGGCACAAAGGACUACAUGUACAUAGCUCAUUCGGCUGAUCAGGCACACGAGAUGGGCACCACCAACUGUAAGCCAGAAACCACGCUCCAGGGACUUCUUUGUAUGUCAGUAGUGGACACCGAUCGCCAGCUGCAAGCGGAGGAGGCGGGCUACCAGGUUAUCCUGACGCGCUUGAAACCGGAGCAGUGCACGCCAAAGAAUCACCUGCUAGUCGGACGUUUUGUUAAACAGAACUGAACUUAAAAACUGCAAACGGCCACUUAUUCAAAAUAAAUGCAUUUUUGAUAUUUUUAAA